AUGAAACCCGUGAUGACAUCUGAAACCAAGGACUUUCAGCACCCUUUUGCCUCGAACGGUAUCAGAACUUCACCAUUCAUCUGUUUCGUCGAGAAAAGCGCUUCCCCAAGCUUCGUCGAGGUAUAUGAAGAGGCUUUCAAUAAGAUUCGGCAUAAUGAAAUGGCGUCAAAUGUCUGUCUACCACCUCACUAUCCGAAUGAAGUCGGUGUUGUUGUACCGCUCGUUGUCCAGACGCUUGCAUACGGAUUCUACGGGUGUCUGGUCAUACCGGCACUGUAUCUCUUAUAUUACUGGACGACGUCAUUUGUAAUGUCAAUGAACGCGUUGAAGAAGGAUUGGCCCAACGAGUCUUUCACCGAAGGCGAAUUUGAAGGCAGUCAAGAUCGAUUGCUCGCAAGCCUGGAUUAUAUGACCCUACUCAUACUUACGUGCAACGACACUGUUGUCGUCUGGAGAGCAUGUGUCGUAUCGAGUCUUAGGGCUAGAAAAUGGAUCUUAACAGUGGUGUUUCUGACGUUUGUGUUAGCCAUUCAGUUUGCACUGGCAUCUACGGCACUCAAUAUCUCUUGGACGACAACGUCCAUUGUUCAAAGCGACCAUCGUCUUGGUCACAGACGAAACCCACUAUCCACUCACCUAUUGGAAGUUGCAUAUGGGCUACCGCUAUUGACAAACAUAUGGCCAACUUGUAUCAUUGCACAGAAGAUGUGGAGUCACUUGCGAGAUUCUAACGCUGCUCGGCUCUCUGAGCAGCGACCGACAACGAUGAUUAGAAAUGUGCUGGUCCUGCUUGUUGAAUCCGGGCUAUUAUUUAGCUCCUUGGUCUUUACGCGAUUCCAUGGUCGUGCAUUCACAUCGCAAUCUACUGGGGGGAUGCUAUGGUCCAUGUAG